ACAGAGAAUCUUCUAAGAAGAAAGAAGAAGAAGAAGAUGAUUGAGAGGUGUUUAGGAGCUUACCGGUGCCGGAGAAUCCAAAGAGCAUUACGUCAAUUAAAGGUAACGAUUCUCUGUCUUGUUCUUACCGUAGUUGUCCUACGUAGCACAAUCGGCGCCGGUAAAUUCGGAACUCCGGAGCAAGAUCUUGACGAGAUCCGUCAACAUUUCCACGCACGCAAACGAGGUGAGCCUCACCGUGUCCUUGAAGAAAUCCAGACCGGAGGAGAUUCUUCUUCUUCCUCCGGUGACGGUGGAGGUAAUUCCGGUGGGAGUAAUAACUAUGAGACGUUUGAUAUCAACAAGAUAUUCGUUGACGAAGGUGAAGAAGAGAAACCCGACCCGAAUAAACCUUACACUCUCGGACCCAAGAUAUCAGAUUGGGAUGAGCAGAGAUCUGAUUGGUUAGCUAAGAACCCUAGCUUCCCUAAUUUCAUCGGACCAAACAAGCCACGUGUCCUUUUGGUUACUGGUUCGGCGCCAAAACCAUGUGAGAAUCCUGUCGGUGAUCAUUACCUCUUGAAAUCGAUCAAGAACAAGAUCGAUUACUGUAGGUUACAUGGGAUCGAGAUCUUCUAUAAUAUGGCUCUUCUUGAUGCGGAGAUGGCUGGUUUUUGGGCAAAGCUACCAUUGAUUAGGAAGCUUUUGUUGUCACAUCCUGAGAUUGAGUUUCUUUGGUGGAUGGAUAGUGAUGCUAUGUUUACGGAUAUGGCUUUUGAGCUUCCAUGGGAGAGGUAUAAAGAUUACAAUCUGGUGAUGCAUGGAUGGAAUGAGAUGGUUUAUGAUCAGAAGAAUUGGAUUGGGUUGAAUACUGGAAGUUUCUUGCUUAGGAACAAUCAAUGGGCACUUGAUUUGCUUGAUACUUGGGCUCCUAUGGGUCCUAAAGGGAAGAUCCGUGAGGAAGCGGGUAAGGUUUUAACCCGUGAGCUCAAGGAUAGGCCGGUGUUCGAAGCUGAUGAUCAAUCUGCUAUGGUUUAUCUGUUGGCUACUCAGCGAGACGCUUGGGGCAAUAAGGUGUACCUAGAAAGUGGAUACUAUCUUCACGGUUACUGGGGGAUUCUUGUGGACCGAUAUGAAGAAAUGAUAGAAAACUACCACCCGGGUCUAGGCGAUCACAGAUGGCCAUUGGUGACUCACUUUGUCGGUUGCAAACCCUGUGGUAAAUUUGGUGAUUACCCGGUGGAACGGUGUCUAAAACAAAUGGACAGAGCCUUUAACUUUGGAGAUAACCAGAUUCUGCAAAUCUAUGGUUUCACUCACAAAUCUUUGGCUAGUCGCAAAGUCAAGAGAGUGCGAAACGAGACUAGCAAUCCGUUGGAGAUGAAAGACGAGCUCGGGUUGCUUCACCCGGCGUUUAAGGCGGUUAAGGUACAAACCAAUCAAGUUUGAAUCGGAUCUGCGUUUAGGAUUUGUGCUCUGUUACUUGCUAUAUUUAUGUCUUGCGUCUUUGCUUGUUGUUGUACUAAGAUGGAUGAUAAAAGUAUUGUGCAGAGACAUCAGUUUAUUCUUUGGUUUUACUUUGUCUCUACGUCUAGAGUUCUAUUACGAAAUCAAAAUGUUGUUUUUCUUCCUUUUUUAUUUUGUAAUCCAUUAGAACUUGAGAUUUUGUAGCUUCAUGGAUCAAUAAUCUGUGUUAAUUUAA